AUGCUGAAAGCAAGGUCGGUGUAUGGAGCUGAGUUCUAUCUCCGUGCUUACUUCGAGAAGUCGCUGCAGGGCGACAAGUUCCUGAAUCUGCAGAGCAAGCUCCUCAUUGAUGUGAGCCAGCGAAUUCGAGAGUUCGGGGGCCGACCAGGCAGUCCGCUAACGCCCUUGGUUCCGGCUCCGACCCCGGCCCCUGCGGCCGCGCCCAAGUACGACAGUGCAAAAACCAGAGCGACAGAUUCUCAGGAGGCGGAUCCGAGCCCACAAGUUCUCGCCCGAAGGCAAUCCCUCUCAUGGCUUGCGAAGCAGCCUACCCGAAAGCGUUUCGGUUCUGGGCGCUUCGCUCGGUGGAGUUGGUUGGAACCAUGCGCCGGGCGCAAGAUCCAACCAGGUGAUGACAAUGGUCGUCCUACCUCGAUUACAGCGCAGGCCAAGCCGGAGAAGCCUUCUGCAGAGAAGGCCGCAGAUGAGACACCUCAGGCUCAAGUGUCUCGUCCUUUGCAGAUUGAGACCAUCCACCAGGAGCGCGACAGGCACGAAGCGUGCCAGCACAUUGCGAAGGUCUUGGCAGCUCAGUUUGCUUGUGAGUCUCAACCAGAAAGGCUCGAAGAUCUCCUCGCCAGCAAGGAAGCUGAGGUAUCCCGGCUGCGGGAGGAGGUGGCGGCCCUGACGGCUGAGAAGGAGUCUGUGGAGUCUGCCUUGGAGGCCGCCGAGGUGAAGUUGGCUGAAGCCGCCAAGGCAAAGUCCAAAGGCCACGGCCACGGCGCCGACGAAGCGCUGCAGGGGCAGGAGCCGCCCCAUGCGUUUGCAACAGCGGCAGGCGCCGCACGCGCCAAGGCUGGAGAGGCCCCAGCAGCAUCAGCUGCAGCGGCGGCGGACAUCCCGGCUGCACGUGAAGGUCCUCUUGAAGUCGAGGACAGCGGGCCGCGGGGACAGGUUGCCGCGAUCAGGCGCGAAAGAGAGGAGGGAAUCCGCUCGGAAUCCAUGCGCGAGAUGUUUUUGGGAUGUGUUGAGCUGCUUGCGGCGGAUAUCUACGCCUCCCGUGCGCACUUCGUCCUGGAGCUGCUCCAGAACGCGGAUGACAACGAGUAUGCAGAGGGUGUCGAGCCAGAGGCUCGAUUUCUGCUGCAUCACGAGGUUGGUUCGCAGCCUUACAUUGCAGUGGUCAACAACGAGAUUGGCUUGAAUGCGCAAGACUUGAUUGGCAUGUGCGCCAUAUCCAAGUCUGCGAAGAAAGAGAAGGCCGACCGGACCGGGCGCAAAGGCAUCGGAUUUAAGAGCGUCUUUGCCGUUUCGUCCUGCCCACAUGUGCUGAGCCGUUCCUACACCUUCAAGUUCGACGUCCACAAUGAUCGCAUGGUGCUCCGCUCGGCUGAAGACGCGUGCAAGCUUGCCAUUGCGGAGUUCACGGCAAUGCUUGCGGUUCCAGCAGUUGUGGCCUUUGGCAUAGUUGUCCUGUCUGUCCAUGCCGUGUUGGCGGACUGGGACUUGGACGGCUUGUCAAAGGCCUGGUCGAGCUGGAUUGAAAAAGGGUUUAAGAAGCCGGAUGUGCAGGAGCAGCGCAUGGAAGAUGCCCUGCGGAAGAUGAUGGUGGAACACCUCCAGCAAGCUAUACGUUAUGUGGCGCACUUCCUGUGCGCUCUAGUGCUGUUUCUCUUGUACCGCAUGCAGCAGCAGCCGGACUUUGUCACUGUAGUUCAGUUUGUGGCGGUCGUGGUGCAUUAUCUCUGCUGCUGGUGGGUGUCAAGAUCGCAGCUGACCUUCAACAUGCUUCGACUGAUGACUUUGCUGUCACAUGCAGGUCACACUUUCUUCAUCGUCAACACACACUUUUCAGAGGAAGCGGACUACCACUUGCUCUCGGUUGUCUCGGCGGCCUUUCAUGUGUGUGGGGCUGCUGUCAUUCACGACCCGCCUCUUAUGAUCCCAUGUCAGAUUUGGGUUUGUGCGGUGGAGGUCGCAUGCUACUUCGGCCUGGAGGGGAGACGCCGCGGUCCUCCGUGGCAUUUUCUCUGUGGUCAGGCUGUCAUUCUGGCCUUGGCGUGCGGCGUCUCAGUCAUGGUCCAGAGCUGGUCCCGAGCUUGCAUCAAAGCUUCAUUCCAGUCGGCCGACGCGAAUCUCUCUUUGGAAGGCUUCCAGCGGGUCUUGCGAAGCGUCUGCGAUGCAGACGUGCUUCUCGAUGACAGUUUCCAUAUCGUCGGGGACAAUACUCGCUUGAGACGCGUCCUAGCGACGCCCACCGAUCUUCAAGGCGUGAAGUUUACCGACCUACUCGAGCAGGAGGGGAAGACGCUCUUCGAGAACUUCGUCCGGAAGUCAUGCAACGCAGGCCAAAACCCGAAAGAGAGGAAGGAACUGGAGAAAAGUUGCAGCAUUCCGCCGUGCCUGCGUGUCUCACUGCCAAGUGCGUAUUCGCGGGUUGGUGUGGACAUUUUCCAUGUUCUCGUGCCGCGCUUUUUGGAUGCUGCAGGACCCCUUCACCUUCUAGCCAUCACGGAAGAUCCAGAUACGAGGCUGCAGCCGGAAGCAACUCUUGGAGCGAUUCCAGAAGCGCUCUGCAUGUACUCCGAAGACGACAACGAUCGCCUGUCCACAGUUGCGGAGUCGGAGGGUGGCUACUCAAAACAAAGUCUGAGCAGCUCGAUGCUGUGCAGGGUACACCCCGUUCCCGAGCUGCGUGAACUUACGAUGCUCGUGGAUGCUAGUACGGACCAGCAGGAUGUGCUGCAAGUACACGCCAAGUUCAAGCGUGACAAGAACCUGCCCAAUGACAUUCACUCGUGCAUGCCAUGCUUGCAGACCAUGCUCAGACCGUCGGAUUGGCUCAGCAUCCGUAUGCGCGUGGCGAAGUUUGCGCACGAACAGUGCCAGUUCGGUUCUCCAGACACACAUGAGCUGCCGUCCGUAAUGCUUCGCAGGUUGGAUGACCAGAACAAGUUCCUGGCGGCUAACACGGUCAACCUCGCCCCGUGUCGCGGCCAGGAGCCAUCGAAGAAGUCUUCAUUGGUUUGGGUCUACGUCCGAGAUUUCGUGAAUGACGAGGCCAAGUUCCGAAUGCAGCCAGGUAAUGUAUUAGGCUGA